AUGGCGGUGUUAAAGAAACAAUUGGGAGAAUUGUUGGAGAAAGGAUUCAUCAGACCAAGUAGUUCACCAUGGGGUGCACCGGUCUUGUUUGUAAAUAAAAAGGAUGGAAGCUUCAGGCUAUGCGUCGAUUACCGAGGGCUGAAUAGGGUUACGGUGAAGAAUAAAUAUCCAUUGCCCCGGAUAGACGAGUUGUUGGAUAAUCUCCAAGGUGCAAAAUGGUUCUCGAAGAUAGACUUGGCCUCGGGGUACCAUCAAAUACCGAUAGAUCCAACGGACAUUUGGAAAACGGCUUUCCGAACAAAGUACAGUCACUUUGAGUUUAUGGUCAUGCCGUUCGGAGAGACCAAUGCACCGGCAGUCUUCAUGAAGAUGAUGAAUGGUGUGUUACGAGAAUUCUUGGACGAGUUUGUCAUCAUCUUCAACGAUGACAUACAUGUUUACUCGAAGGAUUGGGAAAGCGGUCUUGGAGCGGUUAAGGGAGCAAAAGCUUUUCGCAAAAUUAAGCAAAUGCUCGUUUUGGCAAAAGAGUGUCGGAUUCCUUGA